AUGCUUUACCAUAAUGAAGAGCUAAUCGAAACUGUAAGACGGAGUCAAAUUGUGGAAGAAAUGGAUCUUAUGGGUCCGAUUUCUGAUUUGUUUCAAAUCCAACACACUCCAUUUGGUGGUAGGGCAUGUUUUAGUAACACAUCCCUGCCCCGGGGUACCGUAGUACUAGACGCCGAGGAUUCCUUGGGAGAAUCAAUUAGUUAUGAAUUUAGGAAAGAAGUAUGCCAUUAUUGCCUUUUGUACGACAAUGGUAAGGUUAUGAAAUGCAGGAUAAAUGCUAGUGAACUCGAGCCACUUGGUGAACAGUUUAAGGGGAAACGAUUCCAAGGUGCUGGAUUAUGGUUUUGUAGCCCACAAUGUCGUGAUGAAUUUCUGCGACAGGAUCACAUACUUGAGCUCAUCAGUGGCUAUGAGAGUUUGUUAAAUGGACUUUUAUUCUGCCAAAAAAGAGGUUCAGAUGAAGACAUUGAUGAGGAAAAAUUGAAUUCAAUACCGAUUGAUCAACAAACGAUUGAAUUCCAAUGGCAACAGUUAGCCGAUGAAUGGAUUCCACGGGUUCAAGGAAUGAAACCCAGUAAAAAAUUAGCACAACUGCCCCACAUGACAGACGACAUUUACUGUUGUGCUAGAUCCAUUUGCAGGACAUUAUUCCAAUUGAAAUACCUCGAUCCUGAAUCUGUGACCAACCGUAGUUUCCAGGUACUACAAUCUAACGAAUUGAGCAAAACUUCCAGGUUUCCCAUUUUACUCAGUUUCCAAAUCGCAGUUUACCAGACACUUUACAUCUUACUGCCGCCCACUCUGCAUAGUCAGUUGUCAAUUCCUAAAUUUAGACAUAUUCUGGGAGCUGAGUACGGCAAUGCCUUUGGUAUUUGGCAAAUGGGGGAAUCUGUGGGGGACAGAGAAUACUUAGGAUACUGGUUAUUCCCUAGAGCAUCUUUUUUCAACCAUUCGUGUGAUCCUAACGUCGAUAAAGUUCGUAAGGGAAGAAAGAUGUGCUUCAUCUUAAAUCGAGACGUAACGAGUGGUACCCAACUGUGCAUAGCUUACAAUUGUGAUUUAACGCUACCAGUUAGUGGCAGGCAACAAACCAUGAAAGAUAAUUGGUUUUUCGAGUGCAUGUGUGAUAGAUGCAGUUCAGAGCUUCAAACGGUCCAUUAG